AUGAUGCUGCUUGUUUUUUUCGCGCUGGUCGCAUGGUCGGCUGUGAGCGUGGCCUCCGCGAUGCGUGAGGAUACCAUGCGCGCCACCUACGACUAUGCUUCAUUGAAUACUACUCAUCUUGACUUAAACAUGAGCAUGGGAUCAAGUAAUUUUGACGACAAAUUUGAAGAGAGAACAAUGGAUAUUGGCGACAUCUUGAAGAGCUUUCAAUCAGAUAUGUUUGAAUCACUUGAAGGUUUGGAUAAGCAAGACAAUCUAUCGCUAUUUAAUAAUGUCAAGGUAAAAGUUUUUAAACUUCCCACUCAGUUUACCAGCAGACACUUAUCCCCUUUGCGGAAAUUAGUGGCGAAAUUGUACGAGACUUUACCACAUGUGGUAGAUAAUGCGAUACUCAAGGUAUUAGAACAUAAAUUGAAGAGUGAACAUGCUCUUGCCAGUGCUCUGGUAAUGAAUAAGGAUGAUAAAAUCUUUUUCCAGUGGAACGCUUUCGUAAAGGCUAAGUAUCCAGCAAAAGAAAUUGAGAAGGAUGACCAGAGUAUCAUGACCGAACGAGCUAAGAAGAUGUUUGACGUCUUUGCAAAACUUUACAAGGGCGAUGAUUUGACCAAGGUUCUGGUUGUGGGAGCAGAAAAGGGUGUUGGUCCGUCGAAAAACCUCGCUAGAAACCUGCUAGACUUUCAACUCGCGGAGUGGGUCCACGACGAUAACAUAUCUGACAGAAAAGUUUUCGACCUUUUGCUGCUCCACGAGACGAAGGACAACCCUUUGAAAAGCCCGAUCUUUUUUAAGUGGGUUAAUUUCGUCGAAGAACGAUACAAAAAGAAACUUGAGCGCAAACAAGGGGGGGAGAGCAAGGAUGCUCUGGUAGAUGUUCUAGAUGGUGCAAACAAAAGGAUGAGAAAGGAUGCUCUGGUGGAUGCUCUAGAUAGCGCAAACAAGGAGGGGAAGAGCAAAGAUGAUCCUGUGGAUGCUCUAGAUAGCGCAGACAAGGAGGGAACGAGCAAGGAUGCUCUGGUGAAUGCUCAAGAUGGCGAAAGCAAAGAGAGGAAAUCUAUUUUUACAAAAUUGCAAGAAGCUUUGAAAACAAGAUUGACGGCGAAACUUUUGACUCUGCAAAAAGCUUUGAAAAAGCGAUCGCCGAAACCUUCGAAACCGCGGAGUUCUGACCUGGAAGAGCGUCCACCAAUAUUAACGCCAGCUAUACCAGCAGAAUCAGUAUCAGCAUCAUUAUCAGAGCCAGCAUUAGCAUCAACAUCAUCAUCAGUGCCAGUUUUAGCACUAGAAGCACGACCGGAAGCACGACCAGAAGCACGACCAAAAGCACUAGCAGAAGCAGAAGCCCCUUCAAAAUCCCCACGAGAAGCACCAUCAGAAGCACCAUCAGAAGCACCACCAGAAGCACCAUCAGAAGCACCAUCAGAAGCACGACCAGAAGCACGACCAGAAGCACUAGCAGAAGCAGAAGCCCCUUCAGAAUCCCCACAAGAAGUUCCGUCAGAAGCACCACGAGAAGUUCCGUCAGAAGCACCACGAGAAGUUCCGUCAGAAGCACCACCAGAAGCACCAUCAGAAGCACCACCAGACGCCCCACCAGACGCCCCACCAGAAGCCCCACCAGAAGCCCCACCAGAAGCCCCACCAGAAGUACCAUCAGAAGCACGACCAGAAGCAGAAGCGCGACCAGAAGUUUCAUUGAGCAAGCUACCGGUUGAAAGUUUCGACUCGGAAGAGCGUCCAACGGCGGAACGACAGAAAGGCCUCAACUUGAAUGCGCUACCUGCUGAAAGUAACACCUUAAACGAGCUACCGACUGAAAGUUUGGACUCGAACGAGCUACCAGCUAAAAGUCUCGAUUUGCUAAAGCUUCCACCGAAGAAACGGAAGAUAACUCACGACAUGAGCGAGCUACCGGCGAAACAGCAGAAAGGUUUGGAGUUGAACGAGCUACCAGCUGAAAGUCUCGAUUCGUUAAAGCUUCCACCGAAGAAACGGAAGAUAACUCACGACAUGAGCGAGCUACCGGCGAAACAGCAGAAAGAAACGGAAGAUAACUCACGGCAUGAGGGAGCAAAAAGCUUGGACUUGAACGAGCUAGCAGCUGAAAGUAUCGACUCGGUAGAGCGUCCUUUGGCGAAACGGCAAAAAGUUUUGGACAUGAACGAGCUACCAGCUGAAGGUAACACCUUAAAGAAGUGA